UCGAAGAAGUACUUCCCCGUGCUUACAAGACAUCGUUCUCUCUCUAUUUUACUGUUGACGAAUCAUUUAAAAAAAUACGGAAAAUGGACGUAGAAAUGCUCCUACUUUCCUUCAUGUUACUUUUCAGUUCACCUGGGGCUUCUUUUGCCGAUUGUCCGCAGUCUAAAUACGAUGGUUUGACUGGAACCGUGCUCUCUCAUGAGGGCGAAUUUUAUCAAAACAACCUUAAUUGUUCGUACGAUAUCCGAGUUCCCGUUGGCCGAAGAGCUAUUCUUGAAUUUAAGAAGCUGAAGAUAGCAGGAAUGAUGCCAGAGUGCGAACAAGAUUCUUUGGAAAUAAUAGUGGGAUGUAAUGACAAUUCCAUACAUUUGGGAAAAUUUUGCUCUUGCUCAGAGUUGGUAAUGCCAGAGAAAAUUUAUUCUUUGGACCAUUGCAUCACCCUUAUUUUUAAAACUGAUGGGUCAGGCCAGAAUACAGGGUUUGAAGCAAAUUAUACUUCAAUGGAUAAUAACACAAAACUGGAUCCCACCUCAAACUGCAGCCAAAAGUUUUUUAACCAAGCAAGUGGAACAUUCUUUACUCCCAACUGGCCUUUGACUUACCAUCAAAAUGCUGGGUGUACAUGGAAUUUUUCAAUUCCAUCAGGAAGGGAAGUUCGCUUGUUUUAUACAAGCUUUAAAUUGGGAGGAAGUCCUUUUUGCAAUAAAAACAGGGAAAACGAGGAGGAUGAGUUACGCAUCACUGGUACAAACACAACAGGCCAAGAGAUAUUCAUUGAGAAAAGGAUUUGUUCUCAUUCAUCUCCUUCUUUUAAAUCCUAUUUCACAUUAAAACAAAUGAAGAAUGUGCAAGUCAAAUUUGCAUCAGAGGGUACCACACAAACCAAAUCUGAUGAGAGUGGAGUUGUUGUUAAUUACGCAAGUUACAGAACAGCGUCAUCAUUAUCGGGAUGCCAAAGCCAUCCAACAGUUAAACCUUCAACAGUUAAAUCUUCAACAGUUCAUGAGUCAACAGUGCGUGCAAAUAAUUCAUCAGGUUGGUCAUCUCAGAAAAAUAAAACACUCUGACUUGUAGCUGCCACA